GAAAAGCCGUCGGCUGAACUUCCGUGUUUGUUCCGCUGUCUCAUGUCUGUAGUUUCAUGCUAGUGGGGGAAAUUCAUAGUCCUCUGAAAAUGUAACCGUGGAAUUUCCACAGCACACGGCAGAUCGCUUCCUGGUGUGUUUAAGUGUACUGUUUCCACAGUAACGACAUCGUGGUUGAUAAAGUACAGCCCCACGCGUGGGUUCACGGUAACAACUGACGCCGGACAGUGGAGUAGUCGACUGAACCCACUGAACACUAGGACGACCUCCCACGGAGAAUCCUGUGUCAUACCAGAGAAAAUGCCAUCAAGAAACCAUCUAGAUAAAAUUGGGAGGAGGAAGAAAAAGAAAUGGACAGAGGAAGCCAUGGAACGUGCGCUGACUGAGGUGAAGUCAGGACGCUGCACAGUGCGGCAGGCUGCCAAGGAGUUUGGAGUCCCUAAAUCUUCACUGGGCGACAGAGUGAGUGGGCGGGUGACACCCGGGAGUCGCAGCGGCCCGGCUCAGCUCAUAACAUCUGCAGAUGAGGAGCUGCUGGUGGAGUUCUCCUUAUACAUGUCCAGGCAUGGAUUCCCACUUACAAAGCAACAGCUGGUGUCUUUUGCUUCAUCAAUUUAUAAGCGGCAGCACCGGAGGGUGGCCUUCUCCAAAUUAGGCCAGACCUGGUGGCUCAAUUUUAGAAAGCGGCAAGAAAAGAACAUUACAAUUCAGCCAGCGGAGAGUGUUGUCCGUGGGAGGACAGUGUGUGUGAGGAAAGAAGCGGUGGAUCAGUUUUUUCACUUAUUGAACACUGUCAUGAACACACAUGGGCUCAGGGACAAACCACAUCAAAUCUUCAACUGCAGUGAGACGAGCUUUCAGCUGGGCAGGAAGAGGGUGACUCUUCCCAAACCUGCCAAUCUGGGAUACAAGCCAGCGACAGGCUGCAGGGACCACAUCUCCGUCCUGGCGUGUUUUAGCGCAGCUGGAGAAGAUGUUCCCCCGUUCAUUAUCUACUCGAAGGCCUAUCCAGGGGGCGUGUGCUAUAAGACCCAGGGGCCACCCGGCGCCCUCUAUGGGUGGUCAGACUCAGGUUGUGUCAACUCCGAACUCUUCAAGAAGUGGUUUCUCAAGCACUUCCUUGUUCAUGCACCUAAGGAACGUCCGUUGCUGCUUAUUUUUGAUGGACACAAGUCGCCUGUGAAUCUGGAGGUGGUGGAAGCCGCCCGCAAGGAGGACGUCAUACUGUUGUGUCUUCCGCCUCAUUGCUCGCACAUCCUGCAGCCGCUGGAUGUGGGACUGUUCGUGCUCCUGAAGCAGCGUUUUGCAGCACUGAUAGGUGAUGGUUGUACCAGUGGUACUCACUUUGCAGUCAGCAAAAAGGAGUUCUCAGGUGUGUUUAAGGGCACAUAUCAGGUCGCAAAGGAAGAGGAGGGUGUCAGGACUGUAAAGGACGGCUUUAGGAACUGUGGUAUUUACCCACUGAACCACUUUGCAGUCAAUGAGGCUCAUUUAAUGCCAUCACACAGCAUGGAUCCAUCAGCUGGAUCCACUGUAGGAGACUUGACAGAGGCCGGACCCUCCUCCUAGCUCAUUACUACCCAAAAGUAUGAGCCUCCCUUUAAGAAAACCUGAUCUGAAUGAACAGGAACAGAUUUCAUUGAAAUACUGAAUGGGUUUACACUCCUGUUUGUGUAUGUUGUGCCACCUCUCCCUAACUCCCCGCAGCGUUCUGUUUGUCAGCUGGCCAGAAAGAGGCAGUGUGUUAAUAUUAAUUACUUGCCAACACUGCUUUGUUAUUGUAAACAAGGCUGUAUAUCUAAUCUGAAUGCUGUACAACAGGGACCAGCAAAGGAUGGUAAAAUAAAUAGGAUGAUUAAAACGAAUUAAAGAGAAGCAAGAUUACCUUUUUUCUAUCUUAACUGUAGCUUUAACUUAAAGAUAAUAAGAAGUUUGUAAGGUUUUUUUGUUUUUGUUUUUUUUUAGGAAAUCAUGAACCGAAAAGGUUGGAAACAACAUACGCAUCAAUAAAACUGCCACUUUAUCUGUUGUUUUUCUUGUUUUUUCAGUGGCUGGCCCCCUAAGACAAGGUUUAAUUUUUAGAUUCUCUAAAAGGCUGUACACUGUUUGUCUUUUAACACACUGAAAUAGGAAAUAGAUUCACAUUAUUACCCUAAUCAUGCUGACAAAUAUCGCUGAACAGACUCAAAGUUUUGUCUUUGCAGCAUAAGAAAUGUAGGAUUAGCACAUUGUGAAAUGUGUGAAGAGGCUGAUUUUAACAAUGUAUUUUUAACCCGACUUUGGAGAUUUCCUCCCUAUAAAACCAGUUAAAAGGUGUUUGCUUUUUUUGUCAAGUUGAGUCAGUUGUAAAGAAAAAAAAAUUAGAAGUGUUUUUCUUAGGAGAUAAGAGGGAAGCGUUCAGGUUUAGUUGCUUUUGUGAGUGUUAUUCCUGUCAUGCACCUGUCAUAAAUAGUUUUGAAACAAAUGCAUUGUUUAAAAUGCCUAAAGCCUUUUGAGAAAUGUGAAAUAUUUCCUCUUUGUGUAGUAGGUAUCCUUAAGUUGGAUCUCAGGGAGAGAAUGCAGCAACAGAUCAUCAAUAAAUUGGCAAUAUUCUGCUGCACAAAUGUGUCUAUAAUCUUAAUAAUUUACCAAAGGGAUUUUAUUGCCUCUGUGUUUGUUUCAUGUAAGUCUGUGAGUCAAGUGAUGUAAUAUCAAUGCAACAAUACCCAGGAUGGGAAUACUACUGUAUGUAUAGCAUAGAUAAAACUGUUAGGAGAUACAACUGAUUUUUUUUUUUUAAUGACAUUUAAAGCACUCAAGAGAUCUAUAAUCAGUCAUUUAGCAAAGAUGAAUCAUUAUGAAUUUUACUAUCACUAAACAUUGAUUAAAGAGUUGAGAGGAGAGCACAUAUGCGGGUGUUGAAAUGGCAGAUUUGUGUCUCUGUGGCUCGAGGGUAAAACUCGAGUCAGGUUUGUAUUCAGACACUGCUGGAUCGGUUAAAUCACAGGUCAGCCCGCAGCAUAUUUAAGGUCUUUAAGAAUGCAGUAGAGCUGCCCUACAGUUAAGUUAAUGUUUAUGUAUGGCGCUAUCACAGAUGGUAAUUUGUGCCUGAAGGCUUUAUGCAUUUUUUAGUAAUUAUUCACUGACACCAAAGAGUCAACACUAAAUUUCAGUCUGACUUGCAGAACUGCCACUAUAUAAACAUAAGUGCCAGAUUGUAUAAAAAAAUCAUUGUGGGAUUUAGAUAUUUUACAUGUUUUUUGUAGUCCACUAAUUAGUAAUCAUAUCAAUAUAACAAUGAGCAUGAGUUAAGACUAUUAAGUAAUUAAGUCCAUCUUAUCCCAUUUUCUUAAAAUCACAAAAUACAAUCUUAGCUUUGGCAAAACUAAGGAAAUAAGCAUGUUUUGUAAAUGUCUCUAUAUGUAGCUCAUUAACAUGAAUUUCUUAACAAACCUGGAUGGGUGCAAGUAAUGGUUAUUUGUUACUUGUUUAACCUAUAAAAGAAUAAUAAUAUAAUCAUCUUUAUUUAUAUAGCAGUUUUAUAAAGUGUUUUUACAGUCAAAGCGAACAGGAAGUUCAGAACUGGGAAGUGAAACAGUGUCACCAAUUAGCAGACAGUAAUGAACAAAGCUCAGGUUAAAAACUGGGAAAGAACUCUCUCAGAAGAUAAAUAGUACACUCAAAUAUACAAUUACAGUAGAAAUAAUUAACUUUGAUAAAAAGAGCAAAAAAAAACAAAACAAAAAUUAGUAAGACCAAUA